AUGGCCAAGAAUGAUGAUGUGAUUCAGAGCCAAGCGGCAUCCUUUAGGAACCUAGAGAUUCAAUUGGGGAAGCUAGCUAAUGAGCUAAGGAAUAGACCACAAGGCACUUUUCCUAGUGAUACCGAAAACCCAAGUAAAGAUGGUAAGGAGCAUUGCAAGAAACAACGAGCCCCUUCAAUCCAAAGUAGUGUGGACAAGGGAGAUAAAGCUGUGAAUUCAAAAUUUUUGAAUGCUGAUCCUGAAGCAAUUGCUGCAGCAAUUCCUCCGCAAACUGCUACAGGAAAGCCUAUAAGCAAGCCACCUCCACCAUUUCCUCAGCACUUUCAAAAGCAGCAACAAGAUGGUCAAUUUCGGAGAUUUGUAGAUGUUUUGAAACAACUUCACAUCAAUAUACCAUUGGUGGAAGCUUUGGAGAAAAUGCCCAACUAUGUAAUGUUUUUGAAGGAUAUUUUAACUAAAAAGAGGAGGCUUGGUGAAUUUGAAAUAGUGGCGUUGACUGGAGGUUGUAGUGCUAUAUUGAAGAAUAAAAUUCCUCCUAAAUUGAAGGAUCUGGGCAGCUUCACAAUUCUUUGUUCUAUUGGUGGUAGAGACGUUGUUAGAGCAUUUUGUGCCUUGGGGGCUAGUAUCAAUUUGAUGUCCAUGUCAAUUUUCAAGAAUUUGGGGAUUGGAGAAGCAAGACCAACCACAGUCACUUUGCAAUUAGCGGAUCGUUCUAUGGCACAUCUGGAAGGAAAAAUUGAAGAUGUCAUUUCUAGCUACCGGGAGGACCUUGAUUGA